AUUUGUGUUUUCCAGAAUGCCAAAGCCAGCUAUGACUUCAGCAGUAACGAUCCCUACCCAUAUCCCCGCUACACAGAUGACUGGUUUAACAGUCAUGGAACCAGGUGUGCAGGGGAAGUGUCGGCUGCAGCAAACAACAACAUCUGUGGAGUUGGCGUGGCAUACAACUCAAAGGUGGCAGGUAUCCGAAUGCUGGACCAGCCUUUUAUGACAGACAUUAUUGAGGCUUCUUCGAUCAGUCACAUGCCUCAAGUCAUAGAUAUAUAUAGUGCCAGCUGGGGGCCAACUGAUAACGGAAAGACUGUGGAUGGACCUAGAGAACUAACUUUGCAAGCCAUGGCAGAUGGUGUGAACAAGGGCCGUGGCGGCAAGGGAAGCAUCUACGUCUGGGCCUCUGGAGAUGGAGGCAGCUAUGAUGAUUGUAACUGUGACGGCUAUGCAUCAAGCAUGUGGACUAUCUCCAUCAAUUCUGCUAUUAAUGAUGGCCGGACAGCUCUGUACGAUGAAAGCUGCUCUUCGACCCUGGCCUCCACGUUCAGCAAUGGGAGGAAGAGAAAUCCCGAAGCUGGUGUGGCUACUACGGAUUUAUAUGGCAACUGUACCCUACGUCAUUCUGGAACAUCUGCAGCUGCACCUGAGGCAGCUGGCGUGUUUGCGUUGGCACUGGAGGCUAAUCUGGAUCUGACGUGGAGAGACAUGCAGCAUCUGACAGUGCUCACCUCCAAAAGGAACCAACUUCAUGACGAAGUCCAUCAAUGGCGUAGAAAUGGUGUUGGUCUGGAAUUUAACCAUCUGUUUGGCUAUGGAGUCCUCGAUGCUGGGGCAAUGGUUAAAAUGGCAAAAGACUGGAAGACUGUUCCAGAGAGAUUCCACUGCGUUGGAGGAUCAAUACAAGAACCUGAAAAAAUACCAUCAAGUGGCAAGUUGGUUCUAACACUUACAACUGAUGCUUGUGAGGGGAAAGAAAACUUUGUCCGCUACCUAGAACAUGUGCAAGCAGUUAUAACCGUGAACUCUACUAGGCGAGGGGACCUCAACAUCAAUAUGACAUCACCUAUGGGGACUAAAUCCAUUUUACUGAGCCGACGUCCAAGAGAUGAUGACUCCAAGGUGGGUUUUGACAAAUGGCCUUUCAUGACAACACAUACUUGGGGAGAAGACCCCAGAGGCACUUGGGUUCUGGAAGUUGGAUUUGUUGAUAGCAUGCCACAGAAGGGAGUACUGAAGGAAUGGACAUUGAUGCUACAUGGUACACAAAGCGCACCAUAUAUAGACCAAAUAGUAAGAGAUUACCAAUCCAAACUGGCUAUGUCCAAGAAGGAAGAGCUGGAAGAAGAAUUAGACGAAGCGGUAGAGAGAAGUCUGAAGAGUAUACUGAGCAAGAACUAGCACUGUUCUGCAUGUUGGUCUCUUUCCUUUCUAGCUCAUUCUACUCACCUUUCUACUAUCCAGACUUCUGUGUUAGACAUAUUACAAUGUCUCCAUAGCCAAAUUAUCAUACUUUAUAGAUUUUAAAGUCUUAUAUCCUGUCAAUGAUUAUUUUAAUUACAACCGAAGCAAUCUUUUUUUACUCUAAGCCACAGAUAUGUUGUUCCCUAUCAACUACUCUGUACAGUUUGUGACUGUAAAUGAUUUUGUGUCAUACAAAUAGGUAAUAACUUGCAAACAAAACCGUGAUGGCUUUUCCCUUCAUAUUUUUGUGGUAAAUGUUGUUUGUAUUUAAAAAUUUUAAAAAGAGAGAGUAAAUUUUAAAACUGGCAGUUAGUGGUAAUGAACCCAUUUGGUCAGCUUUCAUGAUAGAGAUGUUAACAGUAACAAGUUGGCUGGAGAGGCCUUUGAAUGACCAACAGCCUGAUUCUGCGCCAUUGACUUCAAUGGGAGUUUUCCCAUUGGCUUCAGUAAGAAUAGGAAUAGGCCCUAAAAGGAAAAAAUAAUCCAGAGAUUAAGAAAGAUGGUAACCUUCUCUCAGAAAUCAAUGCCUUUUGCCAUUUCCUUUUUACUUACACGCACACGCGCACACGCGCACACACACACACCAUUUUUUGACUUAGAGAUGAUUCAUUUGUAUGUAAUAAGUGAGUCUGAUAAAGGACGUGCAUUAGGAAACAGGGUCCAAAUGUUCUAAAAGCACAAGUAUUUUUAAAAAAUUGGUAAUUCAGAUCCAAUUUAUGCCAAAUCAUCACAUUGGGAAUGAAAUUUAAAAUGGAGGGCUACCCUUUUGCGAUAUGCAUCUGCUCUCCUUUAUACUGAAAUGUAUUCUAGCAGCAUAAGAUAAGGCUGUGUCGGCAUUUCUGUUACAGACCCCUAUAUUCCGGGGUUGGUAAUUUGCUAUGGGAGAAAAUUGGCAUAUGCACUUUCAGUCCAAAAGCAAUUUUUAAUUCAAAUUUUCUUUUAUUUUAAAUAGUAGAGCUUAUGUCAGUUUUGAAUUGUACUCGUUUAUUUAAGAAGAAAAGCUGCUUAGAUUGUUUUGUGAUAUGUGCACAAUGCAAAGUUAGUUUUGACUAGCAAUAAAGAAGAAUAAAUUUGUGAAAAUUAUCCCAUAAAUCAUUGUUGCUGUUUAAAGGACCUAGUCCUCAAACUCUUACACUUAUGAGUGUUUUUAGCAUCUGAUCCAAAAAAGUAAAUUAAACCUCUCAGAGCCUGAUCUAUUUACUGCCAUUGACUUCAAUGGAGAUUACACAUAGUGGCAAACACAACACCCACAAGUGUUUGCAGAACUGGGAUCUCAGUUAGUAAUCUCUGAAUAGUAACUACGGGCCCAAUCCUGCAAACACUUGCAUAGUUGCUUAACUUUAAGUACAUGAGUAGUUACUUUGGCUUCAGCGGAACUACUCCAUGCUUACAGUUAUGUGCAUAAGUGUUUGCAGGACUGGGGCUAGGAUGUUGGCAGUAACUAGUUUCAGAAUUUGAUUAUUUUCUAUUUUUAAUAUGCAGAAUAUGCAUCUAAAAUGUGUGUUAUCAAGAGCUGUUUAGGUUAAUCAGUUGCAAACUAAAAUUAAAAUGAAUACGUAUUUACCUAAUGAUUAAAAAUGACACCAACAGGUUAUGAUAUGAAUAGUUUUAUCCCAGAAUGUAUAUGUUUUCUAUUAUCUCAAGUGAAUAUUCAUCUCUUAACCUUCCAUAACAGGAUUUUUUUUUCUUUUCCUUUCAAAUCCCAAACAAAUUAUCUACUUAAAAUAUGUUUACAUUAUGUAUACUAUAAGCCAAGUUAAGCACCUAAGUGUUCAUAGGAUCUCCAUUCCCUUACACCAGUGUAACUGAGGGGUUACUCCAUUGCAGACAAUUGAGUCACACUUAGGUGUAAGUGAGAGGAGAAACAGGCCCUCAGGCUUUUAGGGUACGUCCAGACUACCCGCCGAAUCAGCGGGUAGUAAUCGAUCUAUCGGGGAUCGAUAUAUCGCAUCUCAUCUAGAUGCGAUAUAUCGAUUCCCUGAACACGCUCCCGUCGAAUCCGGAACUCCACCAGGGCUAGCAGCGGUAGCGGAGUUGACGGGGGAGCCGCAGCCAUCGAUCCCACGCUGUGAGGACCCGAGGUAAGUCGAAAUAAGAUGCAUCGACUUCAGCUACGCUAUUCCCGUAGCUGAAGUUGCAUAUCUUACAUCGACACUCCCUCCCCCCCCCAGUGUAGACCAGCCCUUACUUUUAAAAUAUCACCUAAUAGGAGUGACUUUUAAAAUCCUGUUGUUGUUCAUUUGUUCCAACAGAUGGAAAGCAUCAACUAUAUCUCAUCUUGGGGUCUUAAAAUAAACCAAAGGACACCGGGGCCCACUUCUAACCUCAGAUACACACAUGUAGGCUAUGAGCCAAUUCUUAAAGUAGUAGGUGGGUGUCUUUGAAACUGGGAAGACGCCCAUUGUCUUCAAUGGGUUUUGAACUGGGCCUGUGGUUCCCAGUAGUUAAUGGGAGUUGCACGUGCAUAUCAGAGGGAAGAAUUUGCCCCUAUUAUGUGUACAUAUGCGUUUGAUAACACACAAACACUCAUGAUAUAUAGAAUAUACAUAUAGUAUGUAAUAUACAUACAUAAUAUAUAUUACAUAUAAUAUUGAACAUAAUAAAUACAUAUACACUCAUGCAUCAUGUUUGUGUGUAUGUAUUUUCUAAAGAAACAGAUCAUUUAAACAUAUUAAAGAGUAUUCUAAAAUAUGGGAAAAGUUAUUGAAUUAAGAAACGUCCUUGUGGCAAUUUUAAAUGAAAGUGUACGUUAAUUCCUAUUGCAUUCAUGUAAUUUUGCAAUUCUCUGUUUAAACAUUAAAUGUCUUAUAUAGCAGCAAAAUAACUUAAUGGGUGUUCAUAUUUUCAUAAUAUUGACUUAAAUUAUUAAGUGCAAGAUGACUGUAAGGGGUGAUUAACAGAAAUUAUGAGUUUUGAUAUGCGUAUAUAUAAAAUAAGUGUAUAUACAAUAUAUAUAUAUAUAGCUAGACUUCAAACUCUUCAGAAUUUUUGCAUCAGGGUAAGCACUGAAAAAUGUCCAGUUAGAAUAAGUUUUUAUGGUAUUGCGGAUGCAAAAUAAAAUUAAUUUAUUAGCAUUUAUAACAGAGGAACUAAUUCAGUUCUCAAUUUAAAACAGGUGAAUGUUGUUAAAAUAUAAAGCCCUGUGAUGAUGUUUUAUAAUCUGAGUAAAAUAAAGAGAUGUUGUAAACUGG